AGCGAGUCAGUGAACCGAACUGCAGUGCCGACGAGCGGCAGUUCACACACAACAUUUGAAAGUUUGUAAACUUUUCCUUUUUCGAUCACAUAGACACAUCGAUACACGUAGUUAUUUGUUUUUAUUUUGUACCAACACCAAACACCCCAUCUUACAAGCGCGUAAAACCUCGUUUUCGGUCCAAUCUCUUGCAGAAUCUUGCAGUAGAACCUCACAGCCCAGCCAAACAUGUCCGGAAUCAUGCGUGUGCCAUCGAUUUUGGCCAAAAAUGCAGUCGCCUCCAUGCAACGUGCCGCAGCCGUUGGAGUGCAGCGCAGUUACCACAUCACACACGGCCGCCAGCAGGCCUCGGCGGCGAAUCCGGACAAGAUAUCGAAGCAGUACCCGGUGGUGGAUCACGCCUACGAUGCGAUCGUCGUGGGAGCAGGAGGAGCCGGCUUGCGGGCGGCUUUUGGCCUGGUGGCUGAGGGAUUUCGCACGGCGGUGAUCACCAAGCUUUUCCCCACCCGCUCGCACACGAUCGCCGCCCAGGGCGGUAUCAAUGCCGCUCUCGGCAACAUGGAGGAGGACGACUGGAAGUGGCACAUGUACGACACGGUCAAGGGCUCCGAUUGGCUGGGCGACCAGGAUGCCAUCCACUACAUGACCCGCGAGGCGCCCAAGGCUGUCAUUGAGCUGGAGAACUACGGCAUGCCCUUCUCGCGUACCCAGGACGGUAAGAUCUACCAGCGCGCCUUCGGUGGACAGAGUCUGAAGUUCGGCAAGGGCGGACAGGCCCAUCGCUGCUGUGCUGUGGCUGAUCGUACUGGUCACUCGCUGCUGCACACGCUAUACGGUCAAUCGCUGAGCUACGACUGCAACUACUUUGUGGAGUACUUUGCCCUGGAUCUGAUCUUCGAGGACGGCGAGUGCCGUGGUGUGCUGGCCCUGAACCUGGAGGAUGGCACACUGCACCGAUUCCGCGCUAAGAACACGGUCAUUGCCACCGGUGGAUAUGGACGAGCAUUCUUCUCCUGCACCUCGGCGCACACAUGUACCGGUGACGGUACUGCUAUGGUUGCACGCCAGGGACUGCCCUCUCAGGAUCUGGAGUUCGUGCAGUUCCAUCCUACUGGCAUCUACGGCGCCGGAUGUCUCAUCACCGAGGGCUGCCGCGGUGAGGGUGGUUACCUGAUCAACGGUAAUGGUGAGCGCUUCAUGGAGCGCUAUGCUCCUGUGGCCAAGGAUCUGGCCUCUCGCGACGUCGUCUCGCGGUCGAUGACCAUCGAGAUCAUGGAGGGUCGUGGCGCUGGACCCGAGAAGGAUCACGUGUACCUGCAACUGCACCACUUGCCGCCCAAGCAGCUCGCGGAGCGUCUGCCUGGCAUCUCCGAGACCGCCAUGAUCUUCGCCGGUGUUGAUGUGACCCGUGAGCCCAUCCCCGUGUUGCCCACCGUGCAUUACAACAUGGGCGGUGUGCCGACUAACUAUCGCGGCCAGGUAAUCACCAUUGACAAGGAUGGCAAGGAUGUGAUUGUGCCGGGACUGUAUGCCGCUGGUGAGGCUGCUUCCAGCUCGGUGCAUGGUGCCAACCGUCUGGGUGCCAACUCUCUGCUGGAUCUGGUGGUCUUCGGACGUGCAUGCGCCAAGACCAUCGCCGAGCUGAAUAAGCCUGGUGCACCGGCUCCCACCCUCAAGGAAAACGCUGGCGAGGCCUCUGUUGCUAACCUCGAUAAGCUGCGCCAUGCCAACGGCCAGAUCACCACCGCCGAUCUGCGUCUGAAGAUGCAGAAGACCAUGCAGCAUCAUGCUGCUGUGUUCCGCGAUGGCCCCAUCCUGCAGGACGGUGUGAACAAGAUGAAGGAGAUCUACAAGCAGUUCAAGGACAUCAAGGUUGUCGAUAGGUCGCUUAUCUGGAACUCCGAUCUGGUGGAGACGCUGGAGCUGCAGAAUCUGUUGGCCAAUGCCCAGAUGACUAUUGUGAGCGCUGAGGCGCGCAAGGAAUCGCGAGGUGCCCACGCCCGCGAGGACUUCAAGGUUCGCGAGGAUGAAUACGAUUUCAGCAAGCCCCUGGAUGGUCAGCAGAAGAAGCCCAUGGAUCAGCACUGGCGCAAGCACACGCUCUCGUGGGUGUGCAAUGACAACGGAGACAUUACGCUGGACUACAGAAACGUGAUCGAUACCACGCUGGACAACGAAGUCUCUACUGUUCCACCAGCGAUUCGCUCCUAUUAAAUCAAGACUUGGAGUUGCAGAACACCCGCAUAUACACCCCAUACCAUCACUCGUACGGAUGUCUACUUAAACGUCUUUGUGGGCGCCAGUAAAUAAAUUUUGUCAAAUCGCCAAAUGAGCCGCAAUAUGCUACCAAUUGGUAACUGGGAACUCGGCAGCGGUUCCGGGCAUUUUGUGAUGAAACGUAAAUCCAGAUUUUCUAUACACCUAUAAAUCUUUCAAAUCCUUAUUACUACUCCGCUGAUUCUACUUAGUUUCACUGUAAGCUGCCCUCCAUUUGGUUACUGUUUGGUUGUCGGUUAUUUACAUUAUUACAUAAGCGAAAAAUGUGUGUGAGUAGACAACGAGUUAGGUCUGAGGCGAUAUUGACUACGCAGCCUGUUUAGAAGCAAAUGAAAACAAAUCCAACUACACUUUUCUAGUAUUUGUUAAACUUAUUAAAUUAUUAAAACGAAAACGUGUAAAAACAAUAAAAAAAGAACAAAAGUCGAAACGUUUGCUAUACAUUAAAUAAAUGUAAUGAAGAUUAAGUGCGC